AGGUGAAACGAACAUAUUUAACGAUGUAUGGUUUGCUUCUGGCCUUCGCCAUAGUUGUGAGCGGCUUUUUUGCUGGGCAGCUUGAUCAUGCACCUGCAAUGCCACUAACAGCAUCGAGGAAUGAAUCCAAUACUUCACUUCCCAGCCUCUCUCCGGAUAUUUUACCGUCGCCACCACUUUCACCAAUCGAUUGCGUAUACGGUCAUUGUCCCGAACCUUACACGUGCAUAGCUGGUUAUUGUGUGGACGACGCUAAGCGUUGCAAAUUCGACUCUGAUUGUGGCCGUCCUUCCUUCAGAUGCGUGAGAGAUGUGUGCAUGCAAGAAAUCAUAGAAAUUGGGCGACCUCGAACUUUGGAAGCACAUUUUUAACUCAUUGUUUGUCAAGCGAUGUCUGACAAUGAAAUGAAGUUUGGUAUCACUCCGC